AUGCUUUUUAACCCCUCAGCAAUUCUCGCUGUUCUCGGUGUUCUUUCCGUUCUUCCGGCCUACGCUACCCAUGAAUCUUCGUUGCCCUCGGUCCGCCGAAGCCUGGCAUCCAAACUCGAGCGCCGAGCCGAGAAGAUCAAGCGCCAGCAGGAUGCUCAAAAGUCCUUAACUUUGGAGGCUUCUCAGAUCGCUAAGGGCCUGGCAAACGACGGUCAACAAGGGGGUGGUGAUCCGGGUCAGGUACCUUCCCUGACUUCGACCAAUAACUUCAUCAAUUUUUGCCUUACUCAAAACGUGCCUCUGACAAACGGUCAGCAAGUUAGGGGCGGGAGUUGCAACGGUGUUCCUAUGGGUCGGAUCAUUGGCUCGAACAAAAUGCCUUCUGCUAAGUUUGUCAGCCCAAAGAACGGCGAUACCAUUCAGGCCAACACCGCGUUUACGAUCCGGAUGGCAAUCAGCAAUAUGGUCACUGGAAACUUUGUAAACCCUACCAGCAACUACUACUCGGCACCUCAACAGGUCGAUGGCUCGGGUACCGUUAUUGGCCAUUCCCACGUUACGGUCGAACUUCUCAGUUCUCUCGACCAAACUACCGUUACGGACCCACAAAACUCAGGGGGUGUCUUGACUGCUGAUGUCACUGCUGGCUUGCCGGCUGGCCCAUACAGGAUGUGCUCGAUCAACUCGGCGGCUAACCAUCAACCUGUUCUCGUUGCUGUCGCCCAGAGAGGCUCAGUUGACGAUUGCGUUUACAUACAGGUUGGAAAUGCAAACGGUGGUAAUGGUGGUAAUGGUAACGCCGGUGGAGGCCAAGGUGGAGGCAAUUCGAACAACGGCGGCAACAACCAAAAUAAUGGUGGGAACAAUCAGAACAACGGUGGAAACAACCAGAACAACGGCGGAAAUAACCAGAAUAAUGGUGGAAACAACCAGAAUAACGGUGGAAACAACCAGAACAAUGGAGGAAACAACCAGAAUAACGGAGGAAAUAACUCGAACAAUGGUGGCAACAAGGGAGGGAACUUCCAAACAUUCGCCGGUGCUCUUGGAGGGGCUGCACCCUCAGUCACAGCGGGAGGGAAAGGUUUCCUGAUCAACGGUGAUAGCUUCAUCAACAAGAACGGCGCGCUGCAGCGGUCGUGUGAUAUCCAGAAGAACGCUUGUGCUGAUGCUGCCAAUUCCUCUGGGAACAAGGCUCCUCUGACUGUUGCCGCUUGCGAGACCCAAGCUCAGCAGUGCUCCGCCGCGAUUUCCUAG